GAAUUCACUAAGUAACCAUGGAAACCUAAGCGAAAUCAAACGAACUUCAAUUUUCAAUCAUAUUUUCUUGUUUUGUUUCUAUUCCUGUUUUUACAAUUUCAAAUAACCGUGUAAAUCGGGCCCCUUCCCCAGAUAUUUUAAAAAUCUUGUCCGACAGUACCUUUUAAUCGAUUCUCGCCUCGAUCAAUCAGUGCGCAGCCAGUAAUUGUGUCCACGUAAUGGAAGGAGAUAAAUACGUUUCGAUGUUCAAAAUUAACGGCGUUCCAAUUUUACCGCCGCUGAUGACAGCCGCCCGCCGUCGGGAAAUGCUAGCCUAUAAGGAGUUGGCCGUUGCUUUGGAGACACGUCUCAAAUUGGAAGCUAAGGAGCGCGCCAGCGUUCAACCACAAGAUUUGGACAGGAUUUCAACGAUGGAGGACGAAUACAUGAAGGUGUCGAGCAUGCUUCAAGACCACUUUAGUCCGGCCAAGUUGCCACCGUGCUCGGUCACCCGGAAAAAGAGUUCCAACGAGAUCCUGAAGAAGUCCGACACCUUCAUCUACGACAUAAACACGAACACAGUAAUGAUAUCGGGGGACAAGGAGAUUUCUAUUGCAAGCGCUAAAAAGGCCGAGAACGGCAGGUCACCUUGCAAUACAAAGUUUAGCAACAUUUGCAAAGAUGACCCUGCGCUUGCAGCCAAGAGAAUUGUAGCUAAAUCGCCUCUAAGUGCGAAGAGAGUGCAUAAAAUUACCAAGCAUGUUGCUCCUUCUAUCUCUAUCAAGCCGCCCACCGCAGAAUCAAAGAGCUGCAAGGUAGAAAUAGCAAAAUGUGCCACUCCACCGCAAAGCAAAAACCAACGAGCUUCGACAAGUCCUUCCCUCAAGCAGUCCGCUGUAGCGCCCCAACUCGUCCGUUCGAACUCCUUCACGUUGGAAAGUCCAAGUCCGGUGCUUCUCGAACAUAUGGUUCGGAAUCGGGCACAAAACUCUGAAAACCUCGGGGACUCUCCUUCUGAUCCUCCAAGGUCAACUCCUCAGCAAAAUCCACAGCUUUUCAGAGCAAAACCUGCUGAGAGCUUUGUUGUAAGGGUUACGUCUCCUAAACGACAAACACCUGUAAUGCGUCCGAAAAUGCAAAGCGUGAAUGCACCGGUCGUUACUGUGCCGACUGCGACUUCCGAGCCCGCGAAGUUGAGCGCGCUACUGAUUACCAACUCAGCAAUGUUCAAAAAUAAGAAAAGCCCAUACGACAUGAAAAUCUGCGGAAAACCAAAGGCUGUAAAGAAACACAAAACUCCGAACAAAAAGAUUUCAGCAGUUACCUUGAAACCGCGCGUUUCAGUGUCACACCAUCACCGUUCCAAGCAAUUAAUUACGUCGGACAGUCCCAGGAAGAAUGUGUGGAGGCAAAGACCCUCGCCUACGUCUUCUCCACCUACUCAAAAAACGAACCGUGAUUUCGUUCAGGACAAGAUCUUAGAAAUCGAGGAGCAGCAGCGCAUCAGGCUUAUCGAACUGAUGAAGCGACAACAGGAGGAACAGCGAAUCCUGCAGGAGCAAUUUGAGCGGCAGCAAAAGCAACUCCUGGAGGAAUUCAACGCAGGUUUGAUGUCGCUGAAGGCGCUUUCAGCUUCCAAUACCGACGACGAAUCAAUUGGAACAUCACGAAUGCCCCCGGAUCUCCCGAGCGACAGUAACAACAAUAGCAACAGCCCGGCAAAAACUCAACGCUCCCCUUACGGAGACUCACAGUGCUAUGAUAUGACCACCACAUUGGCUUCGCCGGUUAGCAAUUCCAAGGGUGCGUCUCGAUGUAGUCGACGACUAUUCACAGGAUGUUCUCCUCCUCCAGCUACACCUCGGCAAAAAGGAGUAGCUGCGUUGAAGUCAGCCAGAGUAGCGACUCAAAUACCGUCGCCAUCGAAGCGCAGAACAGAAGCUGCAACAAUCAUAAACGCAUACGUCCGGGGCUACCUGACACGUCGUUUAUUCCGUACCGAACACGUCCAAAACAUUGUUCAAACCAUACGAGACACUCUACUAUUCGUCUUGGACUUCCAUCGCGAAACUGAACAUGAUCUAUCAGAGGAAAACAUCUUAUUCAAAGCAAGAUUGCUACAACAGUUAACAUCAGCUUGCCAUUCACUUCAAUCUGUAUUCCAAUUACCAACUGGUGAAAAGAUGGAAAUAAUUGCUCGGGAUCGAGCCUACCUCCGGGCAAAGGCCAAAACUCAAAAUAAGUUUAAGACGAAUGGAUGAUCUCCGGAUGGCCAUGGCAUCGAUGUGGCUCAGGUUUUUGAAAUUUGUGACAAAAUGGAAGGAAUUAGAGUUAACGUUAUUCGUAUGUGCCUUUGAAAGUUGUGAAAUCGUGAAAUCAGAUGAAAUAUGAUUAAAAUCCUAAACAUUUAAGAAACAAAGAUUUUAUUGGGACCAAAAACUAUUGACAAUAAAGAUUUUUAUAUGAACCUGAA